AUGGUUGUCAGUUUUAUUCACCCACAUACGUGUGGAUUUGCCAAGGCAGCAAUUUGGCGAUUUACGAAAGAUGCUGUAGUUAACAUAAAGCGCGUUGACACUGAAACACCAUAUCAGCAUCGCGUGCGUACUGUACAGGCUAUUCACGAACUCUUCUGCCAAAUGUUUGGUACGAAGUUUGCAGUGGACUACAAAACCUUUGAGAGAAAGCUGCCAGACUUGCGUACGAAGUUCAGCGGUUGGAAUCCCCGUAAAUACAAAGAACGAGACCAAUACCUGAAAGCUUUCUCUGCCGAUAGCUGGAAAGAAUUAUCCACUACGCGCAAAGAUGAACACAGCUUGAUGGAUUGCCCCAGCUGUUGUCACAG